AUGGCUUUGGUGGACCAGAACAGAGACCUGCGCUGCUCCAAGUGCGACAUAAGGUUCGCCAACCCCAGGGACCUCGUGGCUCACUUGCGGAAGCACAAUGCCAAACGGCCCUUCGAGUGUGACGAGUGCGGCCGAAGCUUCACGGAGUAUUGGAACCUACGGAUGCACCAGUUCACCCACACUGGUGAAAAGCCGUUCCAGUGCACGGUGUGCUCCAAGAAGUUCCGAGCCAAGGACAGCCUCAGGCAGCACAAGGCCCUGCAUUCCGGAGAAAUGCGUUACGCGUGUGAGAGCUGUCGAAAGAAGUUCAAGUUCCGGUCGUCACAGCACCGGCACAGGAAAUUCUGCUCUGCGAAUUAA